AUGUCUCGACCAUACAACAAGAAGAAUGGUAUUCCGGACAGAUGGUUAGAUUAUCGAGCUGUGGGGAAACGCCUUCCAGGAUCUCGUUUUAUUGCUUUUAAAGUGCCGUUAAAAAUGGCGUUAACCCGCAGACUGGCAGGCUCAGAUGUGUUUGGACCCUGGGAGCUGCUGGACACAUUGAACAAGGAGAAAGAAGAACUUGGUUUGAUAAUUGACCUGACGUUUACAACACGCUAUUACAGACAAGAGGACCUCCCAGAAUCCAUGGAGUGGGUCAAAAUCUUCACCGCCGGACACGAGGUCCCCAGUGAUGCAACCAUUCUGAGCUUUAAGCGCGCUGUUUGCCGUUUCAUACGUGACAAUACAGAUAAUGAUAAGUUGAUCGGCGUCCACUGCACCCAUGGCCUGAAUCGCACUGGGUAUCUUGUUUGUAGAUACCUAAUUGAUGUGGAUGGCAUGGAUCCUCAUCGGGCGAUUGAAUUGUUCAAUUCUACUAGAGGUCAUGCCAUAGAGCGAAAGAACUAUUUAGACGAUCUGCUGUCCGGACCCAAGAGGAGUAAUGUUGGGAUUGAGGAGAGCGAGCAGGAGCCAGUCAAAGGAUCUGCCACAUGUCGUCCUCUUGAUUCAGAAGGAACACAGCGCUACACGGAGGAAAGGCGGACCGCUCAUGAGCCUAAUCGAUACAGAAGGCCAGUGAACCACAACCCCCACCCUCCAAGCCAUUCCGCUGCCGCUCCAGGAACAGGCCUACUGUCGUCACCCCCUUUGCCCCCAGUUGGCACACCAUUCAGCCCGUACCAUUGGAGUCCACCGCAGACCAAUUAUCAGUGGCGCGGACCAUUUCCCGGAGCUGAGAUCAGGACCCGUCCGCCUGGCUCCACAUGGGUCCGAAGAGGCAGGGGAAAUGACUCUUAUCCACCCGCCCAUGGCCCAUAUGUGGCCCGGCAGUGGCCCAAUGACAGAGACUCGUAUUCUCACACGCCAAAGUGGGACGUCCCCAACUGGAGAACUCCGAGGGAACAGAGCCACAGAGAAGAGCCAAGGCAACACAGCCAUAGAGAUGACCACCACUACUACUAUCAAUAA